AACGUGGCCCGAGAGUUGGAGACGGCCGAAAUCUGCAGAAAACAUUACGAGCCUACUAGUACUAAACUAUGAAGUGAGGCCCAGCAAGCAGGUGGUCGUGCCGGAGUGGUUAUCGGGCAUGACUAGAAAUCAUGUGGGCUUUGCCCGCGCAGGUUCGAAUCCUGCCGACCACGCCUUUUUUCCUCCUUUUUCGUUUACAUUUUUUGCUAUGUUUGCCACAAUUUUGAAUACUACCUUGAAAUGUUCAAUUUCUUCCACUGCUCAACUCGUCACAGACGCACAGGUCGCUCGAAUGGAAUGAUCCCGCCGAGAAUUUUUUGGUUGUCCACUCAACUUACCCAGUACUUGACCAGCUGACAGUGCCGCUAAAAUAGUUGCGGCCUUGCAUCCUUCAACGGCAAACAAUCUCUACCCCCAAUCCGAAGAGGCUCGAGGGCGCCGCUCCUCCCCGGCGGCGAAACCCGGCGCUCCCGCUAGCCGCUUGCCGGACUGGGGUCGCUCGUACCGUGUGCGUGACUGCGUGCCCGCGUGACCCGACGCGCUGCUGCUCGACGUUGCAAGCGCUCCCUCGCUCCUCCUCCUUCCAGAACGUGGCCGCGCGGUAAGGUGCUCGACGGAAUGCCGACGCAGUUCUAGCGCCGCCCGUGAACGUCCGACAGAUGCAGGGGAUUCUCACCGUCCGCUCGGGAGCUUCGCGCGCGCCUCUGCAUGUGCUCCUCGCGCGACGGCGCGGCGCGAGGGCGAGGUGGCUUCACGGAGGCGGUGGCGGCCGCCAAGAUACGGAGGAUGAAGAGGCCGUCCCGUACGCCGACGUGCCUCGGCCAGGGAGGAGGUGGGAGCGGAAGCCGUACGUGACGCCGAUGAAGGUGCUCAUCCGGCGCGCCAAGGAGGAGAGGCAGGCCCGGCGGGAAAACCCGUGCCGCGUGCUGGAGCACCCGCCCGACAACGGCCUCCUCGUGCCGCACCUCGUCAGGGUCGCCCGCCGCGUGCACGCUGCGAGGGAGCGGCUCCUCGACGGCCUGGCCAGGCUGGUCGAGGGCGAGGACGCCAUCCCGGUGAAGCGGUGCAGGUUUUGUUCGGAGGUGCACGUCGGCCGCGUCGGGCACGAGAUCAGGACGUGCGAGGGCCGCAACAGCGGCGCGAGGAACUCCCUGCACGUGUGGCGGCCGGGCACAGUGCGCGACGUCGUCGGCUUCCCCUACUGCUACCACCUCUUCGACCGCGUCGGCAAGCCCAGGGUGGUGCACAAGGAGAAGUACGACGUGCCGAGGCUCCCCGCGAUCCUGGAGCUCUGCAUCCAGGCGAGCGUGGACAUCGAACGCUACCCGACCAAGCGCCGCACCAGGCCGGUCUACUCCAUCGAUGGCCGGAUCGCGGACUUCGAGCCGGACGAAGCAGGCAACUCGGAACCAGGAGCGUCAUCUGAACCACCAGCCUGCUCAGCAUUGCCGUCUCCAGCAGCGCCAACUGCGAUCUGUUCUGCCUCACCCGACGCCGGAGAUGAGCAAAAGGAGGAGGUGACGGUGCCCGAGCUGGCCUCCAGGACGCUGCAGUCGUGGCUGGACAUGCGAUCCGGCGCGGCGAGGCUGAUGAAGAAGUACAGCGUGCACACCUGCGGGUACUGCCCGGAGGUGCAGGUCGGGCCCAAGGGGCACAAGGUGCGGAUGUGCAGGGCCACCAAGCACCAGCAGCGGGACGGGCAGCACGCGUGGCAGGAGGUCCCGCCGGGCUACGUGUGGCACGUCGUCGCGGACCCCGACGGCGGCGACGACCCGCCGCCACUGGCGAACGAGCUGAAGCGGUACUACGGCAAGGCCCCCGCUGUGGUGGAGCUGUGCGUGCAGGCCGGCGCGCCCGUGCCCGCGGCGUACCGGAGCAUGAUGCGGCUCGACGUCGUGCCGCCCGCGCGGGACGAGGACGACCUCGUCGCCUGAGGUUCGCAACCGGGUCUCCGUGGCGCGCGCCUUAUGGGGAUUUCAGCGCCUUGUGUGACGUGGUUCUUCAGCUGUGUGUCGGACUAACAAACGGUUUGCAAGUGAUUAGUAUUUCUUACCAACCAUGUGGAAAAUGUGAAGCGACCACCGACAAUACUAUACAUUUAAGGAAACAAAUUAUUGCCUAAGUAUCACGUCGGGACAAGAUGAGCCUCUGCGGGAGAUGUAUGGGCAAAGCUUGCUCACUUGUCCGCCGCUGAUAG